AUGUCUUCGGAACAACAAGGACACCGCCUCUAUGUCAAGGGACGCCACCUGAGCUACCAGCGCUCCAAGCACGCCACCAACCCCAACACCUCCCUGGUGAAGAUUGAGGGCGUUGACGACCCCAAGGCCGCCAGCUUCUACCUUGGCAAGAAGGUCGCUUUCGUUUACCGUGCCAAGCGUGAGGUCCGCGGCUCCAACAUCCGGGUGAUCUGGGGCAAGGUCACCCGCCCUCACGGCAACUCCGGUGUUGUUCGCGCCAAGUUCCGCAACAACCUCCCCCCCAAGUCCUUCGGUGCUACCGUCCGCGUCAUGCUCUACCCCUCCAACAUCUAA